UUAAGUUUGGGAAAGGAGUUCUCAGACCCCGGCUGUGUUGGAAGCAGUAGAGUUCUCAAAACAGAUUGUCUUGGAAACGAGAGAGCACAGUGGGAAGCUGCCUCUGGGGUUUUGUGGUUUUAGCAGCUGCAAGUGUUGAGGUCCUGGCCCAUCUGUAAGCACUAUGCGCCUGCUGGCUCUGGCCAGGAGUGGCCCCCAACACGCUCUCCAGGGAGCUCAGGACCUAAGAGAAACCCCAGCACCUGGACAAGCUCAAAGAGGAGAUGACACUGGUUGAGGAACUGACCCAAACAUUUGAAGGAAAGCCCUGCCUCCUGAGGACCUCUGCCCUGCUCACGACAGCUUCUUCAGGUAUGAGGAGGAAAUGGAAGAACAUUCUCAGUGCGGUCCCAUCCCAGCCACCUGUGAGCUUCAAGGAUGUGGCUGUGACCUUCACGCAGGAGGAGUGGGGACAGCUGGAUCUGGCCCAGAGGAGACUGUACCGCAGCGUGACUCUGGAGACCUGCAGCCACCUGGUCUCUCUGGGGCUUCUGCUUUCCAAACCGGCUGUGAUCAGCUGGCUGGAGCAAGGACAAGACCCGUGGAGGGCAGGACAGGGACCUCCCCGAGACUGGAAGAAUACAUUUGAAAAGAAAGAGUCAGCUUCCAAAGAGGAUUUUGCUGUGGAAGAACCAUUCCACCACAUAGCAAUGAAACACUGCAUACGGGAAGAAGGCCCCUGGUUGGUGUCAUUAGGAGAAAGGCAGGAUUGGAGGAAUCAGCUAAAGGAGCACCAGGAGGACUCUUUGAGUCAAAUGGUACUUACCUCAGAGACACUGUUUGCUCAAGGAGAACAUUGUGAGCAUGACCUCGGGGGAAGUUAUUUGAGUAUAAGCCUUCUGCCUCCAGUAUUACCCACAAGAACACAUGUCCAUACUCUUGACUCACAUGUUAAAAAGUUGGAACAGAAUUCAGGUUUCAUUAAUCAUGAGAAAGGCUGGGCUGAUCGGAAGCCCUAUGAAAAUCACCAAAGUGCUAGAGCCUUCUGUCAGAGCAUUUAUUUGAAAAAACUCGGAAAUGUUGAAAUGAGAAAUAAAAAGCCUUAUGAAUAUACUGUCAGUAGUGACUCUUUCAACUGUGGUACCUCCCUUCGAUUUCAUAAUAGACUUUUUUCAGCAGAGAACAACAAUAACUGUACAGACUAUGGGAACAUUGUUAAUCAUAGCAUGUCUCUGAAUGAACACAAGCCAGUGCAUUUUAGAGAAUGUCAGGGUGAGCGUGACGAAUGCCUUGUACAAACCAAAGUAAGUGAUCCUAGAGAAGCACCGUUGAGAUGUCAGGAGGAACGUAAUGCCUUCCACACAGCCUCGUCUUUUACUGACUGUGACAUCGUUCGGACAGGAAAGAAGCCACAUGCAUGCAGUCAGUGUGGGAAGUCUUUCAGCUGUGCCUCUAAGCUUGUUGUACACCAGAGAACACACACUGGGGAAAAGCCCUAUGAAUGUACUCAGUGUGGGAAGUCUUUCAGCCAGAGCUAUGACCUCGUCGUACACCAGAGAACCCACACUGGAGAAAAGCCCUAUGAAUGUAACCAGUGUGGGAAAUCCUUCACCCAGAGUUCCAAACUUACUAGGCAUCAGCGAACUCACACUGGAGAAAAACCAUAUAAAUGUCAUGAAUGUGGAAAAUCUUUCGGGUGGAACUCUAACCUUAUUGUACAUCAAAGAAUUCAUACUGGAGAGAAACCUUAUGAGUGUCCUCAUUGUGGAAAGUCCUUCAGCCAGAGCUCUGACUUUGUUUCACAUAAAAGGACUCACACUGGAGAGAAACCCUAUAAAUGUAACCAGUGUGGAAAGUCCUUCAUUCGAAGCACUCAACUUAUUAGACAUCUGCGAAUUCACACUGGAGAGAAGCCAUAUAAAUGCAAUCAGUGUGAUAAAGCUUUCACUGGGAGCUCUCACCUUAUUGAGCAUCAGAGAACUCAUACUGGAGAGAAACCUUUUGAAUGUAAUCAGUGUGGGAAAGCCUUUACUGGGAGCUCUCACCUUCUUUCACAUCAGAGAAUUCAUUCUGGAGAGAAACCAUAUGAAUGUAAUAACUGCGGGAAAUCUUUUCGGCAGCGAUCACAGCUUGUUGUGCAUCAGCGAACCCAUACUGGAGAGAAACCUUAUGAGUGCAGUCAUUGUGGAAAAGCUUUCAGCCAGAGGUCUCCACUCGUUGUGCAUCAAAGAACACACAUUGGAGACAAGCCCUAUCAGUGUAACAUGUGUGUUAAAGCCUUCAGUCAGAGGUCACGCCUUAUUGAACAUCAGAGAACACAUACUGGAGAAAAGCCCUAUGAAUGUAUUGACUGUGGAAAAGCCUUUAAUGAUCGGUCAACGCUUACAAAGCACGAGAGAACACACACUGGCGAGAAACCUUAUGAAUGUAAUCAUUGUGAAAAGGCCUUUAGUCAGCGAUCUCAGCUUACUAGGCAUCGGAGAAUUCAUACUGGAGAAAAACCCUACGAAUGUAAUGAAUGUGGGAAGGUUUUCAGUUAUAAUACAUCCCUUAUUCAACAUGAAAAAACUCAUGGGAGAGAGCACCCCCAGUGGCCGGAGGCCCCACGGCCGGCCGGUCCCAUUGACCUGAAGCCACAAGGCUCCCAUUGGUGGGAGGCUCGACGAGCCAAGGCUUCCAUUGGUCGGGCGCUGCGGCGCGCCGCACUGUCUUCUGGGAGUUGUAGUCGCAGCGUCACCAGCCGGGGCUGCUCUCGGGUUUACGGGCGCUUCGGGCUCCUCUUCUCGACCUUUCGGUCCUGGAUGAACCCCGAAGAGGAAGCGACAGCACUGGCGAUGACUACGGGGCUGCCAGCGGAAUGGCUUCAGGAGCCGGUGACCUUCCGGGAUGUGGCGGUGGACUUCACCCAGGAAGAGUGGGGGCAGCUGGGCCCUGCCCAGAGAACCCUGUAUCGUGACGUGAUGCUGGAGACCUUUGGGCAUCUGCUGUCUGUGGGGCCUGAGCUUCCAAAACCUGAAGUCAUCUCCCAGCUGGAGCAAGGGGCUGAGCUAUGGGCAGCAGAGAGAGGAAUUGCCCAGGGCUACUGUCCAGGCCGGGAGCCUGGACCUCAAAGCCAAGCGCUGCCCAAGGAGCUUGGCCUUCCUGAGGUGGAGACAUCCUGUGUCACCGAAAGGGAAGGCUUCCUGAGGGAUGCUCCCUGUCCCACCAUACUAGGGGAAGACUGGGAAUGUAAGGGCCAGGUGAAGUUGCCUGAGAAGGAACAGAAUAAUUUGAGGCAAUUGGAAUUAAGCCUCGAGGAAGCACCAAUUCAAGAUAAAAGCUAUGAAAGUCUCAGACUUGGGGAAAAUGGUGUCCUGAGCUCAAACCUAAAUCCAUUCCCGGAGAUUUCUAGGAGAGACUAUCUCUGUGCUUAUGACUCACAGGUUAUAAACUCAGAAUGUAACUCAAGCUUAGUCAGUCAGCAGACAGGCUCCUCAGGAAAAGAGCCAUGUGACAGCAGUGACUGUAGCAAAACUUCUAGUCAGGCCAUUCCAAUUACGGAACUCACACGAAGCCAGGUACAGGAUAAGCCCUACAAAUGUACAGACUGCGGGAAGUCGUUUAACCACAACGCACAUCUCACAGUGCAUAAGAGGAUUCACACGGGAGAAAGACCUUAUAUGUGCAAAGAAUGUGGGAAAGCCUUCAGCCAGAACUCCUCCCUGGUUCAGCAUGAGCGAAUCCACACAGGAGACAAGCCCUAUAAAUGUGCCGAGUGUGGGAAGUCUUUCUGCCAUAGCACACACCUUACAGUCCAUCGGAGAAUUCACACUGGAGAGAAACCCUAUGAAUGUCAGGACUGUGGGCGGGCCUUCAACCAGAAUUCAUCCCUGGGUCGGCACAAGCGGACACACACUGGAGAGAAGCCAUACACUUGUAGCGUGUGUGGGAAAUCCUUCUCACGGACCACUUGCCUGUUCCUGCAUCUGAGGACGCACACAGAGGAGAGGCCCUAUGAGUGCAACCACUGUGGGAAGGGCUUCAGGCACAGCUCCUCUCUGGCCCAGCAUCAGCGAAAGCAUGCUGGGGAGAAGCCCUAUGAGUGCCGCCAGAGGCUAAUCUUUGAGCAGACACCCGCUUUAACAAAGCAUGAAUGGACAGAAGCCCUCGGCUGUGACCCACCUUUGAAUCCAGAUGAGAGAGCCCACCGGAGCGACAGGCCUUUUAAGUGUAAUCACUGUGGGAAAUGUUUUAUUCAGAGCUCGCACCUCAUCCGACACCAGAUAACUCACACCAGAGAGGAGCCCCAGGGACGGAACCGGCGACGGCUUGAGCAGUCCUUUGGCCGGAGCUCACACCUUGGCCGCCAUCAGCAUACACACUCAAGUGAGAACCCUGGGGGCGGGACAAAGGCAGGCCAGCCUGCGAGCCGGGCACUUGCCCUGUUUGACAUCCAUGAAAUCAUGCAAGAGAAAAACCCAGUUCACGUUAUUGGGGUUGAAGAGUCUUCCAUGGGUGCUUCUGUGUUACUCGACAUAAGAGAAUCCUCAUAGGAAAGAAACUCUACAGAUGACUUUUGAACCACAGGUACAAAAAUGUGGUAAGUCCACAUAGUGCAUUCAUGGAAAAGGGGACUGGGGGUAGAAAUGCCUAAGGUGACCUCUGAUUUAAGGAAAUGGUGCUUUCCAAAUACCUGAGAUUGAUGGUUCUCAAAUCUGUCAAGCUCAGUGCCCCCCGUUAACCACAGGUGUUUUGUGCUAUUCCUUAUAUUACUCCAAGAUGAAUUUACAGGUAAUGUAACCUACACACAUGUGUACUGUAAAAAAUCAAUAUAUGGCCCCUUUUUGUAAAGCAUAAUUAAAACAAAAGUAAUUUAUGGUAAAGUAAUGUGUACUAAGUGGGUGUGGUAUCUCUCCAUGUGACUGUGUGGGCCAUUAUGCCUGGACACCUGGGGCAUUGGCUAUUGUCAUCUGGUAUAUAUGGGAAAUAGUGUUGGCCAUGGAAGUAUUGUGAGGGGCGUUCCUGUAUGAGAUGUGAUUUUCUUAAGUGGUGACUAACUCUUGCAAAAGUUUUGAACGAAACAAAAUACCACUGCAUUUCUGGAAAAUUCUGUAUAAAAUUCUAAGCAUGCAGGAGUUAAUUUGUGUUUAUAUGUGAAGUUGACUUAGGCUGUCAGUUCAUACAUUACAAACUGGUUGUUACAUACAUACAUACAUGGUCCACAGGGGCCUGUUCUGCACUUCACAGUCAUUAGAGCACACUUGGCCCCCACCCACAUGUCAGCCACAUUCAUGUCCAGAUCAAAUGACAAAAAAAGCUCCCGUGAAAUUCUACUACAUUCCCUGGGAGUGUCACAGCUUCUACUGAAAGCCAUUGCCUUGAAACGGUCAGUGUUGUUUAAACCAGAGGUUCUCAGUUGGGGUAGAUUUGUCCUCCAGGAGACAUUUGGUGAUGUUUAGAGACAUUUUUGGUUGUCAUAACAGGCAGAACAGAGGGGUGCCACUUGGCAGCUAGUGGGUAGAGGAUGCUGCUGAACAUCCUAUAAUGCCCAAGACAGCCCCCUCAACAAAGAAUUAUCUAGCCACAAAUAUGCCAGGGUAGAGAAACCAUACCCAGCACUACAACCAACUUUUUCCAGAAAGAUUCUAAAUUGAUGAGGGCUAUACUAACAGUCCUAUAGCUUUGAUUGUAACAAAUGAUAUCAUUAACUGUUUUAUACACAAAUGUUUCCUAGUAAUUUUUUUGACCAUUUUGCAGCAAUCCUAAUUGGUGUGAGAAAAUGAAGAGAAUCUACUUAUUUUUGAUCUAAAUUUUAGCAUUUUAUCAUGGACAUUGUAAAACAUGGAUAAGCCCCACUUUUGACCAUUCCUCCUGCCUGUCCUGUGGGGUGCAGAUUUGGGAGUGUUCCACCUAUCAGUGCCCUCUGGGGGGCAGUUACCUCUGGACACCCAGCGGUAACUUCAUGGUUCUAGACAGCUCUAGAAGCCAGGCUUACAGCUGCCCCUUUCCCUCCACCUCAGCCCCAAAAUGGCAGCUUCUGAAGGAUCUUGUUUCCACAGUCUCAGUAUUUCCUGGGUGGGCUGAGGUUACAGUGGCCUCAGUGGGUAAGCUGGGAACAAGCUCAUCACUUGGCUUCCUCUCUAGACAACAGAGAUCUUUAUAAAUUUUCUUUUUCUCAUUUCAGGUCAUGUUUUCUAGGCAUAAUAUUCCUGCUCGUUUCCUUAUAGAUAUUUUGAAACAGUCAGAUAAACCCCUCAGGGGAGGUUACUAUUAACUACAGAAUACAUGGUUUUAUCAGUUUAUAAAAGUAAUGUAAAUUCUUUACUGCAAAUGUGGAAAAUGCACAGAAGUAAAAUUUAAUUCCUCAUACAUCUAUUUAGAGAUGGUCACUACCAUUAAGAUUUUGUUAAUUUUCCUGUAAUUUUUCUUAAAAAUAUACAUGUAUACAUAUGGUGUACACUAGAUGUUAUACACACACACAAAUAUAUUUAUAGUAUUGUUGUGUUUAGAAAAUGGGAACUUUCUAGUUCUCUUGUAAUACAUGCUUCUUACUAUAUUUUGAGCAUCUUCCUCUGACAAUUUCAUGUAGCUUUUUAAAUUACCUUUCAGGAGGAUUGUAGCAGUGUGACCACCUAGCAUUUUAUCAGCCUUGACUUUUAUCCAAAAGGGUGGUGGGGGGGGGGAAGGUUUCCUACACAUUUCCAAGGGGAGUAUAAAUGGAUACGGCCUCUGUGAAGGACGAUUUAUUAGUUGCUAUCCAAGAUUUGAAACACACAACUCUUUGUCUCAGUAAACCUGUUGCUGGGAGUGAAUGCAACAGAUUUAUUUGUAUGUUGUAGACUGUUUGUACAUGGUCUCACUAUGGUAUUGCUUUCAGAAGUAAAAAUUUGUAAACAACCUCAAUGUCCACCAUGGGGAACUUGGCUGGAGAUUUACGGUGGAGUGGAGAACUACACAGCUUUAAAAAAUGGGGACUGUCUUUAUGUAAUAAUAUGGGAAAGAGCUCCAAGAUAAUUGUUAAGUGAAGAGGUAUAAAACAGUGUGUAAAGUAUGUUUCUAUUUGUGUAAAAAAACAUUGGUUUAUACACGCAUAACACACACACUCCUAAGGGUACAAAGUAACCAGGCAUACUAGUUGCUCUUGGGGAGGAGAACUGGGGGGAGAGGGAUGAGGAAUAAUUUUCACUCUAUAUCUUUUGAUAUUUUUAGAACUUUGAAACAUGUAAAAGUAUUACCAGUUCAUAAAAUAAAUUUUAAAUUAAAAAUCUCAACUGUUGCAAAUUAAA